UCAUAAUAUACAGAUCUCUGAUUACUAUGAUAUAAUGUAAGUUGCAGCCUCUUGUUCACUUUUUUUUGGCGACAAUAGGAUAGCGUAUUGAAUUUCAAAAGGAACUUGACAUCGUUCUCUUAUUAAUAUGAAAAGAUCUCGUUGACGUUCCUUAAAGUUGGAUUAACAAAGCCAAUAGGCAAUUCAUUUUUCUUUUUGAUGGUGCGAAAAGUCGGCAGUAUGGCGAAAGCUGACUUUGAUCAGAGGCAAAGGGAGUUGUACAAUAUGGUGGCAAAAGAAAAUUCGAAACUGAGUGUUGAUGCACUGUUGGAUGGCAUCGUUGCAUUGGUUACGGAUCUAGACACUCCUGCUUUGAGAAGGAACAAGAAUGUGGAAAAUUUUUUAAAUAGAUACGCACAUCCUGUUAAGAAAAUUUAUGAAAUAAGGAUGAGAGCUUCUGAUUUCACAGUAGUUAAGACAAUCGGUCGAGGAGCUUUUGGUGAAGUUCAACUCGUUCGUUACAAACCCACUUCUAAAGUUUAUGCCAUGAAGUUAUUGAGCAAAUUUGAAAUGAUCAAAAGAUCAGAAUCUGCUUUCUUCUGGGAGGAAAGAGACAUUAUGGCACACGCCAACACGGAUUGGAUCGUGCGUUUGCAGUAUUCAUUUCAAGACAAUAAAUACCUCUAUAUGGUAAUGGAGUUUAUGCCUGGUGGAGAUCUGGUCAAUCUCAUGUCUAAUUAUGAUGUGCCUGAACAAUGGGCAAAAUUUUACACAGCUGAAGUCGUUCUUGCCCUUGAAUCAAUACACAAUAUGGGAUUCAUUCACAGGGAUGUAAAACCUGACAAUAUGUUACUGGAUGCUCAAGGACAUUUAAAACUUGCUGAUUUUGGAACUUGCAUGAGUAUGGACAAGGAGGGCAUGGUGCGUUCUGACACAGCCGUUGGCACUCCUGAUUAUAUUUCACCUGAAGUAUUGCAAUCACAAGGUGGUAAAGGUUACUAUGGUCGUGAAUGCGAUUGGUGGUCGGUUGGGGUUUUUCUUUAUGAAAUGCUUGUUGGUGACACCCCAUUCUAUGCCGAUUCUCUUGUCGGAACUUACGGGAAAAUUAUGGAUCACAAAAAUUCAUUGAGUUUUCCUGAUGACGUCAGCAUGUCGGAUCAUGCUAAGAAAUUAAUAUGCGGAUUUCUCACAGACAGUGACCGUCGACUUGGUAGAAAAGGUGUUGAAGAUAUCAAAAAACAUCCCUUUUUUAAGAACGAUCAAUGGACAUUCGAUAAUAUACGCCAAGCUGUUGCCCCAGUAGUACCUGAGUUGAGCGGAGAUACAGAUACAAGAAAUUUUGAUGAUAUUGAUGAUGACAAAGGAGAUGAAGAAAUUUUCCCAACUCCAAAAGCUUUCACUGGAAAUCAUCUCCCGUUUAUUGGAUUCACUUAUUCUGCCGAUACCAUGUUUAAAAUGGGAAGCUCUGGAGGUGGUGCUGGUGCUAAUGUGGCCGAUAUUCCAAAUGGUGGAGUUGUAUCUAAUGAGGAAUUGGAUAUGUUGAGAAACAGGGUCAAAGAACUUGAACACGUUUUACAUCAUGAAACAAAAGAUAAAGAUGGAAUACAAAAUAAAUUCAAGCAACUCAAUGCUAAGUUCGAUUCGGCCGCUCGAGAUCUGGAGGCAGAACGUGAAAGCAGAAGAAACAUAGAAAAAGAAAUGAGACAGAUGGAGAGAGAAAAGACAAUGCUGCAACAUAGACAACAGGAAUCUCAAAUGAAAAGUGAAAUGGAAUCAGAGAAAAGAAGAAAACUCGAGCAUGAUCUUGUCAAUACAAGAAAGCAACUCGAAGAUUCAAUUUCGAGAGCAGGUGAAAAAGUGAAAGCUGAAAACAGUGCUCGUACCGACAUGCUUGCUAAACAAGUGGAAGAACUCACAAUGAAAUUAAAAUCAGAAAAUGAUACUGUAUCAAAAUUGAGAAAAUCACAACAAGAAUUGAAAAAGAACAUAACUUUCUGGGAAAAUAAAAGCGCAGAGUUGAAAGAAAAUCUGACCAAACUAGAAGAAACGAAUAAAACAUUGGACAGACAGAAGAUGAGAUUAGAAAGCAUGAGAUCUGAGGAAAAAAGUCAUGGCGAACACAGGAUAAAAGAUCUCGAAGAUAAUGUGAAAGCCCUGCAGAAGGAAUCUGAAAUACACAAACAGCAGCUAGUUAAAGUUGAAAAUGAGAAGAGAUCUGCCUAUGAUAAAAUGUCUACAUUGGAAAGGCAUAACACAAGAUUGCAGUUUGAUUAUAAAACAAUUGAAGAGUCAUUGAAGAAAGAACAAGAAGAACAUGCGAAAUCUAGAAAAACAUUGGACUUGAGGAAUAAUCAGUAUGCUUCUAUUGAAGGAGCAAAAUCUGAAGCAAUGAAAGCUGUUGAAGGACAACUUGUUCAGGAGAAAAAAAUCAGAGUUGCAUCAGAACGAGAAGUUGUUGAUUUAAAGAAACGAGUCACUAUGAUGGAAUUUGAUCUCACUGAUGCUAAAUCGAAUCUUGAUAGAAUAACAAAACUGAAAGACAGGAAAGAGAAAGAUUUGUCGGAACUUCUCAGUUCCAAAAAUCAAGAAUCAGCUCAAAAGAAUAGUCUUCAAAAUGAACUCAGUGCUUUGAAUGCCGAAGUGAAGACAUUGAGAUCAAGUGAAAAAAAUUGGAAUAAGGACCUCUCAAGCCUUCAAGAUGACAAGCAAUCUCUCGAGAAGCGAAUUCAAGAAAUGAAGAAACAAAAACAAAACAUGGAUGGACAGAUGAGAGAAUUGCAAGAUCAACUAGAAGCUGAACAAUACUUUUCUACCUUAUACAAAACUCAGGUUCGAGAAUUAAAAGAAGACAAAGAGGAUUUGGAGAAGAAAUGUGAUGAUCUUGUUCGAGAUUAUUCACAAAUUAAAGAUGAAAGGGAAUCAAAUAAGAUGAGGUAUGAUGAAGUAAUACUCAAGCUUGACGCUGAGUAUGCUGCGAGAAAAGUGAUCGAAGGCGAAAAAUCGAGUAUUGAAAAACAAAAACUCGAAUUGGAGUUUGAACUUCGUCAUACAAGAGAAAAAAUGGAUGCAGAGAAAGAGAAAAGUGCCGAAAUAUUGGCUAUGGAAGAAGAUUUGGAGGCAAGUAAGUCAAUUAUUGAAAAGCGAGAUCAAGAAUUGGACGAUCUUAAGAAGAAACAGAGAAGAGUUAAAGAAGACUUAGAGAAAGUACAGACAGAACUGGAAGAUUCUAAGAAAUCAUCUGUUACAAUGAAGAAAGAACUUGAUCUUGAAAAGCAAAAGAAAAUGCAGGCUGUGAAUAAGCUUGCUGAAGUUAUGAACAGAAAGGAUAUGGCUAAUCCUAAAGGGAAAAAUAAGAUAUCUCAGGACACAUUUAGAAAGAAAGAGAAAGAAUGCCGUAGAUUGCAAGCUGAACUUCAACAAGAGAAAGAAAAAUGGGGAAGUCAAUCUUAUAAAUAUCAACAAAAUAUUACCGAGCUACAAGCGAGUCUUGCAGAAGAAUCAGCUCGAUGUAAUGAUCUUCAAAUGGCACUUGAUAGUAAAGAUUCUGAUAUUGAAAUGUUGAGAACACAACUUCAACAAUUACAAGCACAAAGUAUUGGAAGUGGAACAUUGAGUGUUAUUGAUGGAGAUGGUGAUGGAGUUCAUGAUACCAGACUUCAAGGAUGGCUUUCCAUACCAAACAAAUCGAAUAUCAAACGUCAUGGAUAUUGGAAACGUCAGUAUGUUGUUGUCAGUAGGAAGAAAAUUCUCUUCUAUGAUUCAGAACAAGAUAAAAACGAAUCAAAUCCAAGCUUAGUUCUGGAUCUUGAAAAACUGUUUUAUGUUCGUCCUGUUACUCAAGCAGAAGCAAUGAGGGCCAAACCAGAAGAUAUUCCGAAAACUUUUCAGGUAUUGUACGCAAAUGAAGGAGAAAGGGGACGUGACGAUCCUGCACUGCCUGCAAUUGAAGCAGAAGGAAAACAUGGGGAGAUGUCACAUAAGGGACAUGAGUUUAUUCCAAUCAUGUACCAUUUACCAACCAACUGCGAAGUGUGCCCUAAGCCAUUGUGGCAUAUGUUCAAACCGCCAGCCGCAGUAGAAUGUCAACGUUGCCGAACAAAAUGCCAUAAAGAACAUCUUAGUCAAGAGCAGAUACCACCAUGCAGAGUGAACUUUGACAUUAACUCCGCAAAAGAUCUGUUAAUCAGAGCCCAGUCACCAGAAGACCAAAAAAUGUGGGUCACGUCACUCGCAAAAAAAUUGCCAGCACAUCCGCCAGCCCCUAUUGACAAUUCUGUUGGAAGAAAUUCACCUCGUGUGGCAUCGAUGAGAUAUCCACCUGCACGUAAAUCAAGCAGCAAGGGACCUUCAGAUCGUUCACAAGCUCCACAGAGUUAACGGUGUCAGUCAACGUACCGUCAUCACGAAAAGAAACAUACUGUCUAGGAAGGCAUGUAUUCCACAAAUAUUUCAUUUGUAUCCUGAAUUUCAUAUCAACUCUCAAACAUCAAAUGGAACCUCUCAUGUGAAGACAUCUUCAGACUAGAACAAUGAUGUACUUGUAAGCUAUACUAGGAGGUUUUUGUGUGAUGUUGUAUCUAAAGAUUCAAGUUCUGGAAGUGGAAAGAUUGUCUCUUGGUUAAAAUUUACAUGAAAUGCUUGCCCAUGUUUAACAUAAAAAGUUGUUUUUCUGGCAACUGUAAUUUCAAGUAUAAGAUUUCAUAGUGUCUCAUCUUGCAAACCAUGUUUGAAUAUUGAUCUCUUUUCAGAGGUGCAAAAUUUUCAGUUUUACAUGUCCAAUUACUGAUUGCAUGCAAAAAAGGAUGUCGUUUAUUGCGUUACAAUGAGUAAUUAAAGCCUUUAUUAAAUAUUUGAAUCAAUUAGUAUAUCCCUUUCAUAACAAUACCAUGAUUUAUGAAACUCAUCAAUAUCAAUUUAUUGGUUAUCUACUUCAAAACUUGAACCAUCAUCAUAUGCCUCACUUUCAAUUUUUUGGAGAUUUUUAAUGUUAUGGAGAAAACUCAAUAUUUUCCAAUAGGAGGGAGGAGUUUUUAUAUUACCAGUGAUUAUUUCAUAAAUCGAUGAGUUGAUCAUUUUGGUGUUUCCCGGAGAUUGUUACUUGUUGCCAAAUACUCUUAUUACUAUUUAACCGGUUUUAUAAAAAUCCCAGUUAUGGUGUUUGUCAACCAUAAAACAAACCUGACUUGUAUGUUGAUGACUCAUUUUAAGUAUGGCCCAUGUUAGGCCCUGUGUUAUCAACAAGUAGUUUUGUUUUAAUUAGAGGUAAUAUUAAGUGGCAUCAUUUCUUUUUUGUUUGUUUUCUGAUCUGUAUAAAUUGAUUAUCAGCAACAAAUCAUAACUCCCCUACAUGUAUGUGCGAUCAGCAAUCAUCAUAUUAAUAUCCAGGUACGUAUCCAGAAGUUUCAAAUAGAAAAGGACUUGUGUAUGUGAUAUUAUUGUCUCAUGCUUUUUAUUUUGGCUAUGUACCUUUAACCAAGUAUUAUUGCUAUAAUGGGAGCGAUGUUUCUAGAUUCGACCUAUGAUAUUAAAAUAUUAAAAAUACAAGUUCUGUCUUCUAAUAAUAUUACUCUGGAUACGUCUCUGGUUCUAUUGUAUUAUUGAUUAAGUCAGCUGCUAGAAGAUUGAAAAUUUUUGAUAAUCGAAAAAUUGUUUUAUUUGAUUCCGUAUGUGUCUUGAUUAUGAAUGUGCUCUUAAUGACCCGAGAUUUUAUUCGUUGGGCAUUAGGACUUCAUUCAAUUCGUCAGCAUUGUGAUUAUUAUUACUACAUUACCACGGUUUUCUAGUAACUUUUUAUCCUUUUUUAAUGAUAUCUAUGUUGUGUCUGCAUCAGUGGAGAAAGAUGAUCUAGAACAAUUUGAUUUUUUUACUUGAGAAAAAUUUCCUUGCAUGAUUUUUAUACGGACAAAAGAACGUAAUGGCCACAAUGCAGUCUGAAAUAAUUUUCUCCUUAUGGUGUUCACUAUUGAGCAAAUUGUAUGCUUCGCUGAGGUAUUUGUCCAUGUCUAGACUUAAUGUUCCAAUUAGGAGGCACCAGCAAUAAUAAAUGAAGUUGGAAUAUCCAGAUAUAGCUAUAUUUGAAAGAAAAACUUUUGUGAUUUGAUUGUAAAUUUUGAAUUCUCUUUGGUAAGAUCGUAUAUAUUGUUUUGAAUUUUUAUGUGCCUUAAAUAUAUUUAAAUCAAAUUUUUUCAGAAGUGUGAAAAUAAUUAAAAGAAAAAAGAUUCUAAAACAAAUUGAGCUUUUCUUGCAUUGACAACCAAAUUAACCGUUUCUCAUAUCCUAUUAUUUAAGUUUUAUUGAGUGAUUUCAUGUUAUAAAAUGAAUGUUAUAAAGUUUUGAAAUGAUCUUGGAGCAAUUUUAUUGUUCAAAUUCUGGUCAUUUUUUUGUAGCACAAACAUGGCAAUCAGAAUACUAUAUAUCUUAGUUCUGAGCAAUAUAAUAUUUCCAUGGGGCUUUUAAAAUAUCAUUGAAGAUCCUACUGAAACAUUUAUAAAGAUCAAACCUUUUGUUAUGGCUGUAUGAUAUUGAACUUCAUACUUAUCGGGUGAUACAUAAUCUUGAACAUUAUCUUGUCAGGUAGAAUGUAUUUAAAUAUGUAAACACAUGCCGAUUGGUAAAAUGUGGUCUCUGACCCUAACGAGAAUAGAUGACCAUCCUUUUUGUUCGUUAAUUAAAUUUGUUCAUAUCACAAUGAGUACAAAAGCUAUUGGAUGAAAAAUACCAAACUACUGGCAAUGCUUCAUUUGAUAUAUUUAGUACAAGGUUAAAAAAUACAUUAAUAUGGCCUAAACUGAGGAAUAGAAGUUUGAGUAUUUUUGUGAAAUACCAUGCUUCUGUAUCUCUGUUUAAGCAGGUAAAAUGAUAUUGAAAACAACUCUAAAAAUGGUAACACUAUACACUAUUUAAACCUUAUAAGAUGAACCUUUAGAUAGAUUCUGACUCUUAUUAAAGCAAAAACUGGCUAUAAUGAAAGGCUUCGCCAAAUAUAUUUGCAUAAUUAAAUUGUUCAGUAAUGAAUACAUUAUGGAAUGCACCGAGCGAUGUGAUCUUUUUAUACCUUCUAUCUCAAAUUUUGGCUCAUUUUUUCCUCAUAGUAGCCUGAAACAAAAUGUGUAACAUUGACUCAUUUUAUAAAGUCCACUUUACAUAUUCUUCGUUAGAGCACAAUUUGUUUUAAAAAAACUGCCAUAUGCAUUCGAGUAAUAUUGCGAAUGUAAAGAAGGCCAUAAGUCACCGAAAAUAUCCUGGAAGUCUUUAAAAAAGCGUGAAGUUAAAACAAGAUAUUUCUGAUUCAUUGGCCGACUUGUUUUGUUGUUAUUGUUAUGAUUACUACUUUUUUCUUUUAUUACUAUUCUACUUCCUAUUAUUAUUGUAAUAAAGUAUAAUGAUAUUGAUGAUGACGCUCGGAAUAUUUGAAACAGCGAAUCGGCAUGCUAUUCCGCAUAAAUAUAACAUUAUGCUGUCCGUGAAAUGACAGAUGGUGAA